CGCUGAUUGGCUCGCUACGAGCAACACUAACCUAAGUGGUCUCUUCGCUUGAUUGACCCUUAAAAGAAAAACAUUUUUUUUUUCUUUUUGCUUAUGUCGUUCUUAAAAAAUCUGCACAAAUCGGCAUUUACACUUUGUUCGAACAAAUUUUUUAAACUUUUUUUUUUCUAAAAAUGUAUAAAUCGUGGCGUUUAACUGUUUCUAUGGCAACACGCUUACAGGCAACAUGGAGUUCUUAUACUGGGAUUGUUUUGAUGUUGCAAGAUGGAUUGAAUCCUUAGGAUUUCCGCAAUACGAAGCAUGUUUCACGGACAACCGCAUCACUGGGAGGAAGCUUAUUUAUGUAAAUUGCACCUACCUGCCAAGGCUAGGAAUCACAGACUUUAAAGACAUGCAGGUUAUCUCUGCGUGUGUGCGUGAGCUUCUGGGAAUCACAGAGAUCCUGUGGAGUCGCAGCAUCGCCAACCCUCGGCGGGACUCCGUGGCCCUGUUCCUGGAGCAGAAGUGCCGGACUGGCGAGCGGGCGGACAGCCUCACCUACCAGCGCUUCCUGGAGGACAUGCAUCACUGAGACACGACGUAAAUCAGAGCAAUAAAGGAGCGCAGCAAAAGCCAA